GGAGGAGGUGAUGGCGACCGGCCUGGGGAGGGGGAGACGCUCCGUUUGGCUGAGACGCCACCCGGGCUGAGGUCACCCUUCCAGGCCUUGGCACAGCAGGCCAAAGAAAGGCUGAGUGAAAGUGAGGAAACUGACAGAGAUAACCUUGGAAGCCCUGCAUGCAACCAAAUAAGAACCAUGGAUCUCAAGUUCAACAACUCCAGGAAAUACGUGUCUAUCACCGUGCCAACCAAAACGCAGACGAUGUCACCGCACAUCAAGGCCGUGGAUGACAUUCUAGUCCUUGGCAUAAACCUCAGCAAAUUUAACAAGCUGACUCAGUUUUGCAUAUGUGUUGCUGGAGUUUUUGUAUUUUACCUGAUUUAUGGAUAUUUACAGGAGUUAAUAUUUUCGAUGGAGGGGUUCAGGUCCUAUGGCUGGUACCUCACCUUGGUGCAAUUCGCAUUUUACUCCCUAUUUGGCUUCAUUGAGCUUCAGCUUAUUCAAGACAAACGGAGAAGAAUACCAGGAAAAACCUACAUGAUAAUAGCUUUUCUAACUGUGGGUACUAUGGGGUUAUCAAACACUUCCUUGGGCUACCUGAAUUAUCCUACCCAAGUCAUCUUCAAGUGCUGCAAAUUGAUUCCUGUUAUGCUAGGAGGAGUUUUUAUUCAAGGGAAGCGCUACAACGUUGCCGACGUGUCUGCCGCUGUGUGUAUGAGCCUAGGCCUGAUAUGGUUCACCCUGGCCGACAGCACCAUUGCCCCGAAUUUCAACCUCACAGGUGUGGUGCUCAUUUCCCUGGCCCUGUGUGCGGACGCCGUCAUUGGGAACGUGCAGGAGAAGGCAAUGAAGCUGCAUCACGCUUCGAAUUCUGAAAUGGUUUUGUAUUCGUAUUCAAUCGGCUUUGUGUACAUCUUACUGGGUUUGACGUGUACCAGUGGAUUAGGCCCUGCAGUAACAUUUUGUUCGAAGAAUCCAAUUCGGACCUAUGGUUAUGCUUUUCUUUUUUCCCUCACUGGGUAUUUCGGAAUCUCCUUUGUUUUGGCUUUGAUAAAAAUCUUUGGUGCACUUCUUGCUGUCACAGUGACAACAGGAAGAAAAGCAAUGACCAUUGUACUUUCCUUUAUAUUCUUUGCUAAACCAUUUACAUUUCAGUAUGUAUGGUCUGGUUUAUUGGUGGUUCUUGGUAUAUUCCUCAAUGUUUACAGCAAAAAUAUGGAUAAAGUAAGACUGCCAUCUCUAGUUGAUCUGAUCAACAAGACGGUAGACGGAAAAAAGCCAAGGACGUUGGCACAAACUGUGUAGGCGAUGAUUCGUGCUGACAUGGGAUUUUUAAGGGAACAAUCCUUAGUUAACUUAGUUAACUAACUUCCCAAAGGGAUUUAAAAAGAACAA